UUAAAAAUUCUGGCACUGUACCUAUAUCUACCUAAAUACGAAAAAACCAAGAACCUUCUGGAGCGUUUGGAUGAAUUCUGUGUGAAUAAAGCGGAUCGUCAUACGAUUCGUUAUUGGGUUACACGAUGCAAUGUAAUCUUUAUAAUAUAUUCGUUUCUCUAUUACGGCUAUUUUGUAUUAUCGUUUCUGAACGGCGCCCUUCAUAAAAUGCCACCAUGGCGACUUUAUAAUCCAUUUAUCGAUUGGCGAUCGAGCACAACGAAUCUAUGGAUUGUCUCCAGUAUAGAAAUUAUCAUUCUAUCAUUUGCAAUUGUACAACAGCUGCUCAUGGAUGUUUUUAAUGUCAUUUAUUGCUUAUUGUUGAGAGUUCACUUGAAAAAUCUCCGAAAAAGGGUUCAACAACUCCGGACAAAUCCCGAAGAGACAGAGCAGGAAAGCUAUGAUGAACUAACUAAAUGCAUAACGCAGCAUAAACUUAUUUUGGAGUAUGUAUUAAAUGGGACAUACGCCGACGUAGUGCGAUUACUAUUUUCAUUUAAUACUUUUGUUCAAUUUAUACUGAUUGGCGCUAUUUUGGGCUGUACUUUAGUCAAUUUAUUCUUUUUCGCUGACUCUUUGGCUUUAUUUCAUUCAAAUUGGAUUGGAUCAAGUCGUCGCUAUAAAUCGACUCUCAUUCAGUUCAUUCAUAAUGCUCAGCAACCGAUUACUUUUACCGCUGGAUCGAUAUUUCCCAUUUGCAUGCAAACCAAUAUCAAGGUGGCUAAAUUGGCAUUUUCUGUGGUGACUUUUAUUAAGCAAAUGAACAUUGUCGAAAAGUUGAUGAAAAAUUAA